AUGAAAAAAGUUUGGUUUACCGUCCUCACACUGGUGUACCUGGAGCGUUCCAUGAGGGCUGGCUCAGCUCCGAUCUGUGCUUACGGACAGGCUGGAUGUCUCCUCCCUUCCCUGGCCGAUCUCUUUGAUAGAGUCAUACAGCACUCUUCAAGAAUGCAUGGCAUCUCCAGUGAUCUGCACUCUGAAUUCGAGCAGUAUUUCCUUCCCAGCAAACACCUCAUCGGAAAACGGAAAUGCCACACAUACGGAAUACUGACGCCAGACGACAAAGAGAAUGCCCAACGAAUGGGACGAGAACAACUGACGGAGGUGAUCCUGAGGCUGCUGGGGGCUUGGGGUGAUCCCUUGUCCCAGUUCUACCAGAGCAUGUCUGAGGAUCAGAAUCAAGACUUCAACCACUACAGCUCCAACAAGGCACUGGAAAUCGGUGAUAUGGUGUACGAGCUGAGGGAUGGAGUAGCUAAAAUGGCGGAAAGGAUGAAGCUGUUGGGAGUGCUUGACAACACUGUGGGUUUCGUUUCCCCUGAGAGUUUUGUCCCCCUCUCUUCCAUUUCCUUCUACAAACGGGGAGAGCUCAGAUCAAUGGACCACCAUGAUCUGCUCUACUGCUUCCGCAGAGACUCCAACAAAGUCAAAAACUAUCUACGGAUCCUGAAAUGCACCACCCUCCCCGGACUGGACUGUUGA